AUGAAGCAAAUGGUGUCAAGUAAAGUUAUGCUUCUUGUCCUCUUCUUGUCCCUUUCAUGUGCAUUCGAAGGAGAAGCAAGAGUUAGUGAAGAAAUGAGAGAUGUAACGAUACAACGUGGAGGAUCUUGUAACAACGACAAUGUUUGUCAUAAUCAUUGUCCAAGAUGUGCUAUCACACGGUGUGUUUUCAAGCAAUGUGUUUGUUCUCAGUGUGACCCUAACCCUACGCACGUAACAAUACAACGUGGAGGGUCUUGCAACAACGACAAUGUGUGUCAUAAUCAUUGUCCGAGAUGUUCUAUCACACGGUGUGUUUUCAACCAAUGUGUUUGUUCUCGAUGUGAUCCUCCACAUCAACAUUUACGUGUUGAAUCUCAUAUGUAA